CCUGUAUGUCGUCCAUUUAUUUAAAACUGUCAAUGACAGAAAAAUAUGAAGUCGUCAAAAGUAUACUUAUUAAUCAGUAUUAAUGUUUUAUUCAUUAUAAAUAGCGUUCAUACGCAUGUUGAUUCCUUCGAUGAAGAAUUGUUCUUAAAACCUUUACCAAGCAGUCAUGUUUAUGCUUAUUUUCAAUUUACAACAAUAUGGAAAUCCUCGAAUACACCAAAGUCAUUUCAUCACUCACAUUUAUUUCCAAGAGGAUUAGGUGAAAUUAUAGGACGUCAUAAAAUAGAUGAAUUCCAUAUAACUUUGACCCAAGGUUUAUGGAAUUAUCAAAACUGGGGAUAUCCUUUUUAUGAUGCUGGAUCUGGAGCUGAGAUAUAUGCUUGGUUUAAUAGAGAUGUCUCUAAUAUCGAUCAAGAAUGGAAGGGAUUCACUAAUGCAUUGUCAGGUUUACUUUGUGUUUCUUUAAAUUUUAUUGAUUCGGCCAAUAGUAUAUCGCCAAAAUUUACUUUUCAUCCUCGUGGUGUUGUUAAACAAACUCCAAAUUCUACUUAUUUGCGCUAUUCUUCUUUACCACGAGAAAUAGUUUGCACAGAAAAUAUAACACCAUUUAAAAAAUUAUUACCAUGUGAUUCCAAGAAAGGUCUAGCAACUUUAUUAAAUUCUGCAUACAUUCAUAAUACAAAUUAUCAUUCUCUUGGUAUACAUUUCCGCUCUAUAUGUGGUAAUAUAGCUUGUACAGAUACAUUUUUAGAAUUGCAACAGACGGUUUCAUUAAUAUAUGAUAAUGUAGUAGAUACACAGGAUUGGUCUAUAAGAAAAUUUUUUGGAAUGGGAAUUAAGGGAUCAUGUCCUCUUACAACAAUAAGUAACAUAUAUGUUGAUAUAUCAAGUAAUAAAACGCAUCAUGUUUAUAAAAUAAUUCCUACACCCACGGUCAAACUUAAAAGCCUACGUGGAGGACAACAGAAUAAUAUUGCUAUAUAUGAUAUUAAAUCGCAUUCUAUUGAAGGGAUGUUUAAUAUUGCAGUUAAACAUAGUACAACAAAGACUGCAAUUGUUAAUUAUCCUUCUAUUCUUUAUGCAAAUAGAUAUAUUAUAGGAUCUGGUCAACAAGAAGGUAGUUUAGUAACAAAGAUAUACAAUAAUCACUGGCAGGCACUUAAUAUUGUACUAUUAGAAAACAUUCCAUGGUAUUUAUCGGUCUACUUGCACACAAUUAAAAUCACCUGUAAUGAGGAAAAUGUUAUUCCAUUAGUACUUCAUUACAUGCCAGGAAAAGAAAGAAUAAAUCCAUAUUAUUUAGAAUUAAUUUUACGCCUACCACCUCAUUCAGUUACAAAGUUUUCUAUAGAAAUAGAAUAUUCAUUUUUAAAAUGGCAAGAAUAUCCACCUGAUGCAAAUCAUGGAUUUUAUAUGGGUCCAGCAAUUAUCACAGCACUACUACCAAUUGCACGAAAUUAUACUGCUUUACCUCUUGAUGGAAGUACUAUAACAUCAAGCUUUAAUGCCUCACGAGAUGGUUAUCUGGUGCAAUUGAGAACAGAAUCUUUACUUAUCAGUCUUCCUACUCCUGAUUUUAGUAUGCCAUAUAAUGUGAUCUGUUUAUCAUGCACAGCAGUUGCUCUAGCAUUUGGUCCACUUCAUAAUAUAUGCACAAAACGAUUAGUAUUGAAACAUAUUGAAAAAGAUUGGAAAGAGAAAAUAUUUUCUCUUUUUAAAAAAAAGAUUUUUGGAUUAAAAAAAAAACAGGAAUAAAAAUCAUAUUAUUUGUUUUUAUAUGUACAAAAUAUAUAUUUAAUG